AGUCUAACGACGUGGGUCGUCUGGAGGAAUUCUCCGAUGAUGCGUCUUCCAUUAUGUAUAGCCAUGUUUUCCUCCUCCCAUCGGAGGAGUGGUUCGUCCCAGCCCUUUACCCAUGCAGAUAUCAAUCUUUACCUCCUGCUCUUUGAAUAAUCGAACUCGUAUUUCCAUUCUACGGACACUGUAAACAUGGAGAUCUCCUACGGGGCAGCCGGUUAUAAGGGUCUCAUUCAUGAGCCAUACAUCUUCUUCCUCGCAUGUUUUGCAAGCAUUGGUGGCGUAUUGUUUGGCUACGAUCAGGGCGUAAUCAGCGGCGUCCUGGUGAUGAACAAUUUUGCUAAACAGUUCCCAACCCUAUCCGAAGACGCGACUCUCCAAGGAUGGAUGGUGGCAGUACUUACACUUGGAGCGAUGGUCGGCGCUUUGGUCAAUGGCCCAAUUGCUGACGCCCUAUCCCGUCGCUGGACUAUUCUCCUAGCCAACAUCAUCUUCCUCAUCGGUUCCAUCAUACAAGCCGCCUCGAUCAACGUCCCCAUGAUCUUCAUCGGCCGCUUCAUUGCCGGGGUGUCGAUUGGUCAGUUGUCUAUGGUAGUCCCUCUGUACCUGAGUGAGCUUGCGCCGCCAAACCUUCGAGGAAGUCUUGUCGCGCUUCAGCAGCUCGGUAUCACGGUGGGAAUCAUGGUUGCUUUUUGGCUGGAUUACGGGACUCAGCAUAUCGGAGGUACCGGCGACAGUCAAUCUCCUGCGGCUUGGAGACUUCCACUCGCUCUUCAAUGCGUUCCGUCAAUGAUACUUGGUGCUGGAACAUUCUUCUUGCCAUACACCCCACGCUGGCUUUUGAUGAAAGACCGCGAGGAAGAUGCGCUUACUACCCUCGUCCGCAUUCGGCGUGUUCCGCCAACAGACGCCCGGCUCAAGCUCGAAUUGAUGGAGAUCAAAGUUGCAGCCCGAUUCGACACUGAGACGACUGCCGAGAUGUACCCCGGCGUCACUUCCCGUCUAAAGCUUACGUUGGAGAGGUACAAGUCACUAUUUGUUGUUCGCCACCUAAAUCGCCGUUUGGUGAUUGCCUGUCUCCUUCAGUUGAUCCAGCAAUUUACCGGCAUAAACGCAAUUAUUUACUACGCUCCACGUAUCUUCCAAAACAUAGGGCUCUCAGGCAACUCCGUAGAUCUUCUAGCAACUGGCGUCGUCGGUGUCAUUAAUUUCUUCUCCACCAUCCCUGCUAUCAUGUUCAUGGACAGAUGGGGGCGUAAGAAAGUCCUCAUCAUCGGCGGAGUUGGCAUGGGGGUGUCCCAACUCAUUGUGGGUACUCUCUAUGCUGUCUACAAGGACAGCUGGGCAAGCAACAAGUCGGCCGGGUGGGCUGCCGCGUUCUUUGUAUGGGCCUAUAUCGCCAAUUUCGCUUUCAGCAUCGGCUGCGUCAACUGGAUCGUGCCUUCAGAGAUCUUCCCACCUGGAGUGCGAUCCCAGGCAGUUGGUCUUGCGAUUGGAACCAAUUGGCUGAGCAACUUCAUCGUUGCUCUCAUCACUCCUCGAAUGCUUGAGGCUAUCACGUUUGGCACAUUUUACUUCUUCUUAGCUUUCUGUGUGAUUCUCGUCGUUUGGGUCUACUUCUUUGUUCCAGAGACCAAAGGAGUUCGGAUCGAAGAGAUGGACAAGCUUUUUGGAGGCAAUCAAGGAGAAGCCGACAUGAUCAGGAUGGCAAAUAUCAGGCAACAGUUGGGAUUGAUCCAGGGGAACGAUUUGAAGAAAGAAGUUGAUAUUGGGGUUAGUGAGGUAGAAAAGGCAUGAAUUACCGACAUCUGAUUUGG